CUUAUACCUGAAGGGAAGUGAUUUCAUUUGAAAUUCCGUUUAAGCAGCGAUUGUUUUGCCAUGAUUCACUGUUGUUUUUCUCGCUAGCUGACCUUUGAAACUGAUUCGGCCGACUGAAAGUGCUUCAGCAGAAGCCCCCAUGCAAUGCAAGUGCAUUAUACAAAACUAUGAUAAAUUGAAUGUAAGCCAAGAGGUUACGAUAAAAGUAGCCAGUUUUUCAAGAAGAGACACUUUAGAUUGCAAAUCGUGGCAUCUGCAAAGAAAUGGUUUCACUUAAGAUCUCGGUUUUUCUACUCAUAUUUGUUGUUGGCUUGACGGCGAGGGCGGAAGAUCUGAGAGCUGGUCUCAUGCGCAGAUGGCCAAGAGCAGUAUGCGGUCGAACUAGGUACAAUCCAAGUUUCAAAAUCUGUUGCGCUGGGAGGCUGCAGGCUAAAGGAUUCGACAACGCCUGCUGUGGUACCCAAAGCUACCAUAAAGGAAGUAAAAUCUGUUGCGCUGGGAGGCUGCAGUCUAAAGGAUUCGACAACGCCUGCUGUGGUACCCAAAGCUACUAUAAAGGAAGUAAAAUCUGUUGCGCUGGGAGGCUGCAGUCUAAAGGAUUCGACAACGCCUGUUGUGGUACCCAAAGCUACUAUACAGGAAGUAAAAUCUGUUGCGCUGGGCGGUUGUACACAAGGGGAUUCAGCAACAGUUGUUGAAUUUCUUAGAGCUAGAACUAGACAUAACAUUGAUGUUUUUCAUAAACUUACAGAUGUAAUAGUUGAAACUGGAACCUCUUUUUGUAUACAACAUUAUGAUCGACCCACACUCCCAACUCCCCAUUCUUGUUUUUACUUAUUUUGGCGAUAAAUAUACAUUGUAUAUCGAAUUGGAAACGAUUAUUUUACUUACUCCCACUAAAUGUCUACCGCUCCUUGUUCUUACAAAGAUUAUCCGACAUCUAAAUAAAAGUUUUUCAAAAGA